AUGCAUGGGAAGAUUAAUGCAUGUUGGUUGGUUGGUGAUGCUCCAAUGGUCUUUAGUGAGGAUAUAGUGAAACAAUUUGGAACUGUCCAUGUCUCUGAUCUUAUGUUGCCUGGCUCUUUGGUGUGGAACAAACCUCUGAUUGAGUUUGUGUGCUGCCCUCCCACGGCUAGUGCUAUUCUUGCUAUGCCUCUUCCUCUAGUUCCUCGUAUGGACAUUUUUUAUUGGCCUUGGACCCCUGAUGGAUUGUAUUCUACAAAAUUCGGGUAUCAGUUUCUCCGUAGGGAAGAUGAGAGUGGCCAUGGCUCAUCCUCUCAUGCUCCAUCGCUGCCGAGUGCUUGCUGGAAGGGUUUGUGGAAGGCUCCAACCCUCCCUCGUCGUCGUGAGACAGCUUGGCGUGCCUGCUUGGGGGUUCUUCCUGUGAACACUAUCCUUCAUGCUCGCGGAUUGGCCGUGGAUCCAGUUUGCCCACGAUGCCCUGACGAGGUGGAAACGAUUGAGCAUGCUUUGCUAUGUUGCCUCAUGGCGAGAAUGGUGUGGUUUGCGAGCCCCUUGGUCUACGCGACGGUGGAACAAGUUCUUAAGCGUGUGAGCACCCUUCUCCCUCCCUCUGAUUUACAGCCCGUUAUGCAGCGGUCCUCACGGUCUCUUCCACCGGUGUGGAGCCGACCUGCUGUUGGUGUCUUCAAGGUGAAUUUGGAUGCGGCGCUUCAACAGAACGGAGAGGCAGGAGGUGGGUUGAUAGCUCGAGACAGCUAUGGAGAGGUUAUUGCAGCGGCGUGCCGGCUCCUUGGACCUGUUCUCGCGCCUUCAAUAGCGGAGGCUCUAGCUCUUCGAUGGGCGAUGCUUAUGGCCAAGGAUUUGGGGCUUCGACGUGUCGCUUUUGAGACGGAUUGCUUGGUGUUGUUUGACGUAUGGAGUCGUACCAAUGGUUCUUCUAUUUUAGAUUCAAUUGUAAUGGAUUGUCGUUAUUUGCUUCCAAAUUUUGAUGUUUUCAGUUUUCUGUUUGUUCGUCGUUCGGGUAAUUGUGCGGCGGAUGCUCUUGCUCAUUUAUCUUUUAGCUAUAGAGACUUUGUUUGCCUUGAGGAGGUUCCUCAAGAGGUACUUGACAUUGUCCAAUAUGAUGUAAUGACCUCUAGGCCCUCUUUUUCUUCUUAA